GGUUAAUAAAUAUCACUAUCACGCGCAUAGACUCAUGCAACCAAUCAGUUUGAGUGCGCGAGCUCGUCUCCAUGGGAACAGGAAUGUUUACGCUGAUACAGGAAGCAACGAUUGUUCUGCUAGGUUCCCUCCAGUAUGGACUCACCGAAUGCACGCCAUUGAUGAGCUUUUGUGCUUAGCUUUGGAAAUAGCGGCAUCAUGGACAAUUUCCAGCGCCUACACUCUGUGUGGAAUUUAGUGAAGGAAAAUGUUCCCUGCUCUGAGCUUCCUGAGAUCCGAGCUGUACUGGGAGAAACACUGAUUGAUACGUACGCAGAGUUGUAUUCAGAGGUGGAGAUGUGGGAGGAGAUUUGGAAGGAACUCCGUUGCUCAGAGAAGGGCAGCAGGCCAGAAGCCCCCAAAUUCCCUCUGGCUGACCCCCCGGCUGUUAAAGAGCUGCUAAAAGCUGAGAUUCAGUUGUUGCUGCUCACAUUGAGGGAGAAGGCAGCCAGACAGGGCAGGGAUGAAGAGGAGGUCAUGGCCCAUUACAAUCCUUGUGUGGUGAGUUACGCACUGAGCAGCAGUAGCACACAGAGACAAGGGAGUCCACGCAGCCGGUGUGAAACCCAAUCACCUUCCAGACCACCAUCAAGUCUGAGCGAGACUAGAAGCAGGUCAGUCUCCAGCCUCUCGUCUCACUCCAGUUGUGAAGAAGAAAUCAAGGCCUUAAGACACAAGUUAAACAUCACCCAUAUAGAUGAGGUUGUGGCCCAUCUCAGGUCAGUCAUAACUGAAGAAUCUGAAGCACUGAAAAGAGACGUGCAGAUCCUGCAGGAAAACCUUGAGACUGAGAGAGCCAGUGGUCAGACAGAACCCAGUGUAGCAGAGCUCAAAGAGGAAAGGAGACUCAUUCAGAGGAAUCUGAAUGAACAGAGUUUAAUAACCAACAACACAAAUAAUCAGAGAACAAGAAACCCACACAUCCACAUAAGGGAGACAUGCAAACCUGUUCGCUCUGAAAAUGAUUUGGAAGGACCAAUACCAUUCAACUCAACAGUUUCCUAUUUGAAACCAUGUCCACCCAUAGACUUGAACCACAUCAGGAAUGCUCCGCCACUAAUGAGCACCCCAAGUGCUCAGUCCACAAUCCACAUUUCUGCUUUGAAACAAGGAGACAAAGACUGCGAGUACAGAGCAAAUUCACUAAGGGCUUCAACCUUCAGACUGGUCCCAGCAGCCUCGGUCCAAGCAUCCGGUUCCAUAAAAGACUUAUUCCUAAAGAUGGAGGUGACUAAAAAUAGUGAGCUAGUGUGUCUCCAGCCCGCUCCUCCUGCAGUGCAGAGAACAGCCAGCAGGGGACAGAAGGGGAGCAGACGGCUGUGUCUUCCCCAGUCUGAAGGACUGCUCAGUUCUCUGUGAGAAUCACUGUCAGACAUCCAAACUGUUCAAUGCACAUAGGUAAAAAACACACAGUGAUAAAACACAAACCACAAUCUGAUCUUUAAAAUAAACUUUAUUUACCAUUUCAAAUUGAACAGUUUACAGCUGACACGACAAAGACAAUUUCAAUGCUGUUUGGCCCUAAUAUUGAAAAGACACAUGGUUAGAUACUGUUUGUUUGAUAAAGUACUGAGCUCAUGUCAUUCUACUUCAGUUUUAUAUUGCCAUGAGCACAGAAGUACACACACACACACACACACACACUAUUGUAAAGACAUCACUUCUUUUAGGAUGCAGGACAUGGGAGAGGAACAUUUUUUUUUGCAUUAUUUUCUGUUGCUUUCAAACAUAUUUUUAAAGUGUCGUAACACCAUGAAAAUACACGAUACUGCUGACAUUAAACAAAAUAAUU